CCACGCCCACGCCCUCUCCGCCGAGUGUCGUUUUCGGGUUCGCAUCUCUCUGCAUCAUCGACAAUGCAAAGCUCUUCCGCGCAUGGCGAGAUAUCGGAUCCGGACAACUCGGAGCUCCCCGAGUUCAGGAUCGGCCGGAGAGUUCACUCGGCCGGCGACUCCCGGCGUAUCGGGACGGUGAAGUACGUGGGUCCUGUUCAAGGUUACUCCGGCAAGUGGGUCGGCGUCGAUUGGGACAACGGCGACGGAAAACACGACGGCUCCCUCAAUGGGGUUCGCUAUUUCCAGGCCGCUUCCCAUAAAUCUGCUUCGUUCGUUCGUCCCCAUAACUUGAGCACUGGGAUUACCUUAUUGCAGGCCCUGGAAAUCAGAUACCAGACUACUUCAUCCAAAGAGGAAGAAGAUGAAAUGUAUGUCCUCUCUGCAAGCAACAGACGGGUGCCUGUUGAACUUCUGGGCAAGAACAAAAUUCUGGACAAGUUAAGUCGACCAGAAGAAUUGACAAGUGCGUCGGUACCUUACUUGGGCGUUAGCUCUGCUGGUCCUCCAUGCCAAAUCAGUGCUACGGUGCCGAAUCUACAAGAGCUCGAUUUGACUGGAAAUCUGCUUUCAGAAUGGGAAGAAGUUGGAGCCAUAUGUGAGGCCCUACCACCUCUUGCAACUCUCAAUCUAACCAACAAUUUCUUGGUCCAUGAUGUGGUUGGCCUACCUCAACUAAAGAAUGUGCGGAUUUUAGUUCUAAACAAUACAUGCAUAAAUUGGAUGCAGAUUGAAACACUUAAACAUUCACUACCGGUCAUUGAAGAGCUACAUCUGAUGGGAAAUAAAUUGGAGGCAAUAACGCCUUCAUCUUCUGUCACUGUUCAAGGAUUUGAUUCUCUACGUCUUCUGAAUUUGGAUGGUAAUUGUAUAACUGAUUGGAAUGAAAUCUUGAAGCUUUCUCAACUAAGAAGUUUGGAGCAACUUUAUUUGAACAAGAACAGUUUAAAGAGCAUAUGGUACCCUGAUUCUGAUAAAGUACAUGAGCAAAUCAAUCAUUGUGAAUCAGUUGAUAACUGUAGGCCUUUUCAAAAUUUACAUUGCCUUCUUCUCGGGGGUAAUAACAUUGAGGAUGUGGCUUCUGUUGAUUCACUAAAUUAUUUCCCGAGCUUGACGGAUGUAAGACUUUAUGGAAAUCCAAUCACUGAUCCUGGCAAAGGUGGUAUCCCAAGAUUUGUUUUAAUUGCUUGUUUAGCAAAAGUUGUAAUGUUGAAUGGGAGUGAGGUCAAUCCUCGAGAGAGGAAGGACUCUGAGAUUCGGUUUGUUCGCUUAGUUAUGUCAAAGUUGCAUGACCAUACUCAAGAGAUUUUACAGCUUUAUCCCAGGUUUCUUGAGCUUAAAAAGUUUCACGGGAUUGAGGAUGAAAGGCCAUCCAUUGGAGGUCCAGGCUUUCAGAAAAUGGCUUCAGGACUUAUUUCAAUCACCCUGAAAUGUGUGGGAGCAUCAUUUGGUGAAAAGCCCCCAAUGACAAAAAAGCUUCCUGCAACCACCACGGUUGGCAAGCUAAAGAUUUUGUGCGAGACUUUCUUCAAGCUAAAAUCCGUAAAGCCAAAAUUGUUUCUUCAAGAAGAGGGUUCUCCAUUACCAACAUUGCUUGAUGAUGAUAUGGCAUCCUUGAUUGAGCUCGGAGUAGGCAAUGAAUCAACCAUUCAUGUAGAUGAAGAAAGUUGAUGAAAAUCCAAAAUUUGUUGUUGCGUACCUUAAAAAUGCGGCGUGAGGUUUACUGCUGUCUUAUCGUUUGUUUUCCAGGAUUUUACCAUCCAUCCCUCAGAUUUUCCUAGAGCUUCAAAUCACUUCAUAUUGGUAGUUUCAGAGAGAGGGAGAGAAAUUGCCUAUUUGGUGUGUUACGAUAUCUUUUAUAAAAUUUCAGCAAAACGGUUCGCAAGCCUUUGCAUUGAGCAGGCAGGCUUUAAUUUUA